AUGUUCUGGACGCUGGGCUCUAUCUCCGGCGCUACUGCCGUCGCAUUUGGUGCUUUCGGUGCACACGGUCUGAAGAAGAAGAUCUCGGACCCAUCCAAGAUCGCCGCUUGGAACACUGCUGCUCAUUAUCAAGUAAGCUGUUCAUCGCUUCUCAUGACACAUCAAUCAUUCGGAGUCUUACAUGACANNCAGCUUGUACACUCUGGCAUGAUUCUGCUGACUGCUGCCGUGGCCCCCAAGAACAAGAUCGCUGCCGGCCUCUUCGCCGCAGGUAUCACAUGCUUUAGCGGAUCCAUCUACCUACUCACUCUUGAUCCUCAAAGGUUCAAGGCUCUGGGCCCUGUCACUCCAAUUGGAGGCCUGUUCCUCAUAGGUGGAUGGGCUGCUCUGGCAAUCGGAUCGCGCGGCAGAUUCCUACCCAAGACCGCAUAG